UUAAAUGUCUAGACAUGUUUUUCUUUUCUUUCACACAAAACUUUUUUCGCAAAGUCACGGGAAAAUCGUGCAGUCAGUUACAUGAAAACGAAGCUUUCGGCCGAGUUUAAAACGAGCUGGGGUUUUGAAGAUAUUAUAUGUGAAAAUAAAUAUUGCAGGGUAAAGCGCUAUUUUACUCUGGUGAGUCCUCCAUGGGUCACAGAGAGAGAGAGCACAGGUUUUAUUAUUUGUUAACUGCUGGUUUCUGGUCGUUUCUGUUUGUUUCCUGCUCAUUUCUGCUCGUUUCCUGGUGGUUUUUGGUGGUUUCCUGUUUUAGUAAGCACGGUUUGGAAAUCCAAAUAAAAAAUUUUGUUGUUUGAAAAAAGAAUGUAAAAAUUUUAAAAACUUUGAAAGAAAAAGUGCUUUCAGAUAAUUUUCCACUCUGAUCAGAGUAUGAAAAUGAUACAAAAGCUAUUUUAAAAAAGAUCGCUGAAAAAAACAACCUGUUUAGCUAUUGUCCGAUGAGGAGGAAACAGUAGUAAAUUUGUAAAAAAAAGUAUUUUUAGGUUGUUUAGGUUUUAAUUAUAAAAAAGUCACCAAAUUAACAGCAUUUUAAUUAACGAGUCAUGAAAUUAACAGUCUUUAAAUUAACACAGCAAAUAAUUAACGGUCAUUAAAUUAACGCGAAUUUUGAAAACCUGCGUUAAUUUCAUGACUCGUUAAUUUCAUGGAAUAAGGUAUCUACAUUAUAUAUUUUUGGCUAUUUAUUAGUUGAGAAAAGAGUACCGUAAUCAAGCAAUCAGAUCACAGCAAUUAAGUAAAUAACCUUUUUAUGGACCAGGAUGGAAAGAAUAGAUUAUUAAAAUCUUUCCUUAUACUAAAAUUUUGCUUUAUAUACGUUACGUUCUUUUUUCUAAAAUUUUGCUUUCUGAAGUGCAGGUUACCAUAGAAGUUGAUAUAGGAAAAUACCAUUGAUAUAAGUAUUUCUGACAGUGACUGCACAGAUAAGUGGGAAUAUUAUAAAAGGUAUAUAACAAAGUUGUUAUUGAGAGUAUGAAAUUGAUAAACUUGUUUUCAUUGGUGGGGUAUAAUUUUGUUUUAUGAAAUAACAUCUAAAAAGACAAGCAACAAACUUGGGAUUCACAUUAUAUCUGACCUGAAUAAUCAAUUAUCAUCCGGUUGAUUUGGUCAAAUAUAUAUUAAAAAAGGCACCUGCUUCAAAAUGUGGGUGUGCACAGACGAACAGCCAGGGCUAGUAAACAAUUGACACAAGGACUCACUGCAAAAAAUAAUUGCCUAAUCGACCCAAGGGCGCUAGGAUAUCUCGCACUAGUGCAUUGGUUUUAGCAUAAGAAUUCCAUGAAAGGGGUCAUGAAUCUUUGGGAAGUAAAAAAAACCCUGAUAGUGUAAAUGCCUGAGAGCUUCCAACAUGUGUGGCAAUUGCAAAGAGAAGUAUAAAGCUUUCUUUUUUUAGGCUCUCAUAAUUCUUGUGGCAUGUCUUGAUUAAUUGGUAUGGUUCAGAAGUGAAAACGAAACAAAGUAGUGGUAGAAAAUGUAUUCUUAAAUAGUUUGCAGUUAUAUUUGGGGUAUGGGUUGAGGUGCUAGGGCUUCGUUAGAAAUUAUGUGCUGAAUUAAAUUACUGACAUUGUAACAGACAAGACAAUUGACAAAUUACUGACAUUGUACCAGACAAGACAAUUGACAAAUUACUGAUAUUGUAACAGACAAGACAAUUGGCACUACAUGCCUUAGACAACGGACUCUUGACUCUUGACACUAUAUGACUAUUAUGGUGAGUGUUUAUUGCAAAGGUUGGCCCAUAGGGCUUCUUUUAACUGCACCAUAUGGCCACUGGCUUCUUUUGGACAUGAUGACAAUCGACUCUUGACACUACAGUACAGUCCAGAUGUAAGCGUACGCGUACGCUCAAGUUUCACACCUUUUUCUCGGAGGCGGUAGUUGUUUGUCUUUUGUUCUUAUUAAUUAUCUUGCGAGUCUUGUAAGUCAUUAACUUGUGCGUAAUAAACAAAAGAUUAUUGAAGAAAAAAUAGCUUAUUAUAACUGCGCAUAACUAUUGUCAAAUAGUGUUAACAUAACUAUUCCCAAUAGCAUAUUGCAAAUGUUAUCAACUCUAUCAAUGUGACACGAAGAGCCAUUGUUUAAUAUUUUUAUUAAACAAAAGUUUUGCGUGGAAACUAAAUAAACUAGCGAAAAGGCAUUGUUGGUUGCGCAGGUUAAAUAAAGCUUUUAUAGUAAUUAUAUAGAUAGAAAUUAUUAUAUCAUAACAAAGAUUGAAACUUUUAGAUCGCAUUUUAAAAGUUUAAAAAAAAAAAAAACGGCGAUAGAAAUGUUGUUUUAGAUCGCAUUUUAAAAGUUUAAAAACGAAAAACGGCGAUAGAAAUGUUUUUUUUAGAUCGCAUUUUAAAAGUUGAAAAUCGAAAAACGGCGAUAGAAAUGUUUUUUUAGAUCGCAUUUUAAAAGUUUAAAAACGAAAAAUGGCGAUAGAAAUGUUUUUUUAGAUCACAUUUUAAAAGUUUAUAAACGGAAAACGGCGAUAGAAAUGUUUAUUUAGAUCGCAUUGUGAAAGUUUAAAAACGAAAAACUGCUAUAGAAAAGCGUUUUUAGAUCGCAUUUUAAAAGUUUAAAAACGGAAAACGGCGAUAGAAAUGUUUUUUUAGAUCGCAUUUUAGAAGUUUAAAAACGAAAAACCGCUAUAGAAAAGCUUUUUUAGAUCACAUUUUAAAAGUUUAAAAACGAAAAGCGGCGAUAGAAAUGUUUUUUUUAAAUAUUUAGAUCAUUGGACUUGUUGUUUUUUAAAAGAGCUUGUGUUUUUUUAAAUAAAUCGAGAUUAAAUCGCAUUACUAUAAUUAGUUUCGUUGUUAAAAAAAUAUAAAUUCAAUGGCCUUCGCGUUUAAUUUAUUCUCGCGCAGAGUAUUGUUUUUAAACAAUGUUUCUUGCUAUGCUUUUGUUUUUAACACGAAGCAAUUAUUUUCGCGCAAUUUGAAAGGAACUCGCUAUCCUAUUGUUUUUUUUAAUGAAAGCAAUUAUUUUUGCAAGUUGAGCGUACACUUACAUCUGGACUGUACUGUACAUGUCUAUUAUGGUGAGGUUUUUAUUGUAAGGAUUGGCCCAUGGGCUUCUUUUUGUUGACCUUAUGGCCACUGGCUUCUUUUCACAUUUUGACAACCGGCUUUUGACAGUACAUGACAACUAAUGACAAUUAAACACUUGUCUUGUUAUAACAGACUGACAUAAAGUGACACGCUCUGCACAAAAAACUUACUUAACCCUAUCACUGUAAAGAACAUACAACUCUGAGCUUAAACGGAAUAACUCAGAAAGCCUGGUACCCCUACCAGAAUUAGUUGAAUUAUAAGAAGGAAAAUGGCACAGAGAUGGUUGAUUCUGCCUCUGGACUGAAACCUUGGUGGGGUCUAUCAGCCAAUUGAAACAUGCCCCUCUGCAAGGAAACCUUGAAGCUAAAUCAAACAACGACCAUCAGACUGCGCUGUGCCGUGCAUCCAGUCACCAUCCACAUCAAUGAAUGCAUAUAAAUGUGUCAGUUUGUUCUUGUUCUCAUUCCAUCACCAACGUCGUAUUUACGUGACCAUAGAAACGUCACCACCACAUCUGUAAAAUUAAUAAUGCAGAAUGACAAAACACUAGUGAACCAGGAGAUGAAUGAAAUGGAAUAUCAUCCUUGCCUGAAAAGACCAUCCUUAUCAGAGGAUAAACCAACUACUUCAAAAAGAUAUAAAAAUGAAAUAAAAGGUCAUUGGACACAAGGCUUAAAACAAGCUCUAAGAAAUGAAAGUAACAUUGAGCUUGAAACGAAUUUGGUUUCAGUUAUUAAAGACAAAUACCCAAAGGCAAAAUAUCAUUAUCUGGUGAUUGUAAAAGCCGAAAAUAUUUCAAGUGUUAAAUCAUUAAAUAGUACACAUAUCGAUCUUUUAAAGCACAUGAUCGAUGUUGCACAAGGCCUUGAAUCUAGCAUACAAAAGAAUGAUAGGAAAGCCACUUUUUGGAAAGGUUUCCAUGCAGUACCAAGUAUGACCUUAAUGCACAUGCACGUUAUCAGUAUGGACUUUGAUUCAAAAUAUCUACGGCACAAAAGACAUUGGAAUUCAUUCACAACUGAUUUUUUUAGACCUGUAUCAUCAGUGUUAAAACAACUGGAAGAUGAAGGAUGUGUUACGAUCGAUAAUUUCUUUUACAAACAGAUGCUUGAAACACCUUUAAAAUGCCAUUUGUGUUCAGAGAAGCCAAAAAAUAUGCCAAGACUAAAAGACCAUAUCAAGACACAUUUUUAAAAAUUAAUUUAGUGAAAAGUUAAAGAAUUUCCUCUGUGAUGUCCUGUUUCCCUAGAUUGAUCUUCCAAGAUUUUUAGAUAUAUUAGAAAGUUUUACAUUACUGGAAAAAGGUAUCUUGGCAUCAUGUCCCUCCAUCAUGCAUGUCAUGAUUGCUAUAAGAUAGAUUAUUGUCUUCAUAGAACUGAAUGAUAUCAGCUACCAUAUUAUUUAAAAAGUGUCUGUAAAGCAAAAACCAAUAAAAUAUAAUUCUGAUUUUAUUGCUCCUUUCACAAUAUCAGAAAAUACGUAAAAAAAAUUUAAAAUCUAUUGUUCAGUACUUUUUCGCACUGUGAAAUUGAUUUUUACGCUCUCUAUAACACAAUCCUGAAGAACAUUUUUCUUUUGUCUUAGAUGUAAUCAGUUUAUAUCUUUGCAAUCACAUUGAACAAAUUGAAAUGAUUCGCUUUUGAUAAUAGGGCAGUAUGGUAGGUCUUACUUCCCUGUGUUAUUGACAACCUAGUGUCCAGAACUUUAGUGAUUAUUAGUGUUGAAAUAUUAAAGAAAGUACAAGUAAAUGUUAAAAAUACAAUUAUUUUUUGUAUAUAUUUUUUAUAUAAACUUAUAUUUUUUUAUUUUUUAUAAGCUUAAUAUAAAAAUACAAUAAUAAGACA